GAGGGUUUGGGACCUGUGACAUAUAUGAUAGUCACAAACUCGCUUUCACAAACUUGAAUCACAGAGAAAAAUUUGUUGAUGAACCGUUUGGUCAAAACAAUUAAGAAAAUCAACCUUUAAGUUUAAUUUAACUAUUUUUCUUUUUUCUAGACGUCACAUUUCUUCACAGCACUUUAUCUUUCCCAUGUGAUGAUGUGUACCAGCAGUACUUCCUGAAAACCAGUCAGCUUGAAUCAGGAAGUCUCUGAGACAACAUGUGGUUUAGCUGUGCUUCUGUCAGGGGAAGAAGAGUUGCGGGCACGGAGCGAGGAGCACCUUUGUCAACUACUGCUCAAACCAGAAUGGACAAGCCUUGCAAAAGCAUCAACUUGAACUUUGAAAAGCAGUUCCUGCCUCCUGUCUACAUCUGCGUGUUCAUUGUUGGGCUGCUUGCUAACAUCUGGGCACUGGAGUGUUUGCUGCACAACUGGAAGAAAAUUGGAUGUGUCAACGUCUUUGUUCUGAACCUGGGACUUGCUGACAUUCUUUACCUGCUCACUCUUCCUUUUCUGAUGGUGUACUACAUCAAAGGUUGCUGGAUGUUUGGACAAAUUCACUGCAAGAUUACAAGGUUCUUUUUCAGUGUGAACUUGUACUGCAGCAUUGCAUUCCUCACCUGUAUUAGUGUGUACAGGUACCUGGCCAUCGUUCAUCCGAUGAGAGUGCAUGGAAGAAUGACUGUGACUCGUUCAGCAGUGAUCUCAGCUCUGGUUUGGAUAUUGGCCAUUUUACAAAGUCUUCCAGAUGUCUUCUUCCUCAAAACUGAUGAUGACAAUUCUGGCUGUUUUGACACCACCACCAAUGAUUAUGUUGAAAAUUAUUUAAUGUACAGUCUCGGGUGGACCCUCUCUGGCUUUGUUAUCCCAACUUUCAUCACACUGGGCUGUUACGGACACAUCAUUGUUGUUCUCUGCCUCAAAAAUAACGUGGAUAAAGGGUUAAAGGAACGAACCCUGAAACUGAUGAUCGUCUUGAUUGUUCUCUUUUCUGUUUGCUACAUUCCUUAUCAUGUAUUCAAGAAUUUAAACCUCUGGUCAAGAGUUCUGCAAAAACAAGACAAAUGCUACGAAUGGUUCAAUGGGAUCUACAUUGGACAUCAGAUCGGUCGUGGUAUGGCUUGUCUGAACAGUGCUCUAAAUCCACUGGUUUAUCUCUUCGUCAGUGAGGACAUAGCUAUUAAGAUCAGAAACCUGCACAACGGACUUCGCCGAAUUUCCAACUUUUGGUUCACCAACAGUCAAAACUACCCUCUGUCCAUCGAAAGCAUUUGACUGUUUUGUUUGUUUUAUUUCUUUAGACCAAAAACCUGUUAUUGGGAACAAUCCUAAAGAAUUUUUUGCCUUCACUUUGGAGUUUAUCAAAGGUUAAAUGCUGGAUCAAGCUUGCAGUUUGAUAAAAAUGUAAGCAGAAAAAAAGUUUAAUUCUUCACUAACUGUAAAAAUGUGUGUUCAUAAAAUGACUCAGGAAUUCAAA